UUAAAUAAGGGAGCCCAUCUCUUGCUGCAGGACAUGGGUGUCAGCAGCAUGCAGCUCAAUUUCAGUGGUUUGAGGGCCCUGGUGACAGGGGCAGGGAAAGGGAUUGGACGGGACACCGUGAAGGCCCUGCACGCCUCGGGAGCCAAAGUGGUGGCCGUGACACGCACCCAUGCAGACCUGGUCAGCCUCGCCAAAGAGUGUCCGGGCAUAGAGCCCGUGUGUGUGGACCUGGGUGACUGGGAGGCCACGGAGAAGGCGCUGGGCAGUAUUGGCCCCGUGGACCUGCUGGUGAACAAUGCAGCCGUGGCUCUGAUGCAGCCUUUCCUGGAGGUUACCAAGGAGGUCUUUGACAGGUCCUUCAAGGUGAAUGUGCGCUCCGUGUUGCAGGUGUCCCAGAUUGUAGCCAGGGACAUGAUUAACCGUGGAGUGCCAGGGUCCAUUGUCAACGUCUCCAGCAUGGUGGCCUAUGUCACCUUCCCUGGCCUGGCCACCUAUAGUGAGUGCACCAUUCGUUGUGGUUCCACCAAGGGAGCAAUGACCAUGCUGACCAAAGCCAUGGCCAUGGAGCUGGGGCCACACAAGAUCCGGGUAAACUCCGUAAACCCCACUGUGGUGUUGACUGAUAUGGGCAAGAAAGUCUCUGCAAACCCUGACUUUUCCAAGAAGCUCAAGGAGCGCCACCCGCUGAGGAAGUUCGCAGAGGUGGAGGAUGUCGUCAACAGCAUCCUCUUCCUGCUCAGCGACAGCAGCGCCUCGACCAGUGGCUCUGGCAUCCUGGUGGACGCUGGGUACCUGGCCUCCUAGACUGCCCAGAUGUGGUGCGCCUCAGAGUGGCCUCCCUGGCCCACCCUCCAGCCAAAGCUUCUACUUAUCCCAUGACCCG